AUGCAGGGUUUUGGCAUGGGGCGAUAUCGUCCUCGCGAUGAAGAAGCAGAGCGCAGGGAGCUUGAGAAGAGUUUUCAUCCAUUAAAAAGCAAUGGCCCAAGGACGACCAAAGUGCGAUUUGAGCUUCCCUUUUCGAUCUGGUGUGACUCUUGUCAGAAUCAUUUGGCCCAAGGUGUUCGUUUCAAUGCUGAAAAGGUCCCAGCUGGCUCAUAUUAUUCUACCCCAGUGUGGCUAUUCCGAUGCAAAUGUACCAUGUGCAAAGCACCGUUCGAGAUACGCACCGAUCCCAAAAACACGGAAUAUGUGGUCGUAUCAGGUGCACGGAAGCAAGUACGGGAAUGGGAACCCAGCGAAGAUGAUGUCGUGAUUGGCAGAAGCGAGCAAAGCACAUCGAGUAUGGACGGCGCCUUUGCUGACAUUGAGCGGCAAAAUUUGGUGAAGGGCAGCGUUUCUUCCUAUCAAGACCGCAUAGCAGAGCUCGAACAGGUUUCUGCUGAGCAAUGGUCUGAUCCAUACACGAUGAAUGCUCGACUUCGUAAGGCGUUUCGUACAGAAAAGCACGCACGCAUAGAAAGCGAGCUACGCGACGCAACACUGCGCGAACGAAUUGGAUGGAGUCAAGAUCGCAUUCUAGAACCCGCGAGCUCUACAGAACAUGGCUACACGACGCCAGAUAUCCGACGAGCAUGGUCCGAGUCGCAACAAGCUCGGAAAGACUCUCAACGAACGCCCCGCCAAGAUCAUUCCUUGCGCUCUGCUCAACAUCUAACACCAGCCGCUCAAAAGCUCGCCCGUCGCUUGAUAGCCAACUCGCAUUCCAAGCAGGCUGCCCGACGGCGUCAAGGCCUAUGA